AUGGUGUCUAUGAAGAGAACAUCGUUGUCUCUGGUCUCCGGCGCUUGCCUGGUAGCUACGGCGCUGGCGGCCAACCUCACCGUCUACCAGUCCAAUGUGUCUUUCGUGCCAGUCCCGCUGCCAGCACCAGGUGCUACUUCCAACUUCGAGGCCAUCAUCGAGCAAUUCACCACUCUAGGCCGCAGCACUGUCUGGCGCUCGGUGAAAAACAUCACCUUUCAGGGCGACACUGGCGAGCCGGAGGGUAUGGUGGUGAUCAACGAGACGAGAAUCAUAACCGCCCGCGGAGACUGGACCGCCCCUACCACCUCGUACAACGGCACCAUCAUCAACGGCACAGAUCGCGCCCCAGGAGCCGGGUACGGGCACCUUGAGAUCUACGACGGUGAGGGCAAACGAGUGGUCGACGCGACCCUGACUCCUCCGGGGGAUAUCGAAUACCACAUCGGUGGUAUCGACUACGACGGCCAAUACAUCUGGGCCACGCUCGCCCAAUACCGCCCAAACACCACCGCUACAAUCGUCGCCGUCAACCCGCUCACUAUGGAUUACCAACCAUUGUUCCACUACGCCGACCACCUCGGCGGCAUCGUGCACGACACCAAGCUAGGCAGACUCAACACCCUGAACUGGGGCUCACGCAACGCCUCGAUCUGGAACCUCAACGCGACAUCCAACAAUCCGUACCCGGCAUUCUCCACCCCGUCAUCUGUGGUCAAAAACCCGUCCUUCUACGUCGACUACCAAGACUGCAAAUUCCUGGGCCACUCCAAACACUACGACUUCCGCGCCGUCAUCAUCUGCUCGGGCGUCGCGACCUUGCCCGGGAACAUCACAAUUGGCGGGCUCGCGCUGGUCGAUUUCGACACCAUGAUCCCGCUCUACGAAGUGCCCAUAACCAUGACGUCUUCGAAAGGUACGCCUCUCACGCAGAACCCCUUUGACGUCGCGUACGUCAAUGAGACACUCAGGAUGUAUUUCUUGCCCGAUCAGCACAAUUCCACGCUGUACAUCUACGAGCCCGUGAGGAACAGUCCGUAUGAGUAUUAA